AUGUCUGAAUAUGGCCAUAUUAACGGAGUUCACAGUUUUGCAAAAAAUUUUAGAAAUGUUUUAGACAGACUUAGGCCUAGUAGAAAAGAAUUGAACGAAGCUUCAAAGCUACAGUUGAUCAAUAGAUUGACUGAAUUUAGGCAUAGCUUCAAAAAUGUACAAGAGUGUCUCAACUUUGCUGAUAACAAAAAGAGGAAACAUGAAGAUGACGAAGAUGAUAAUAACGUAGUAAAAAGAAUUAUUUUAUUUUUAGAAAAUGAUGAUAGUGAGACAAGUUCCACACAAACUCCAGUGAAAGAAAACAAUGAAAAUGAUUACAAAGUCAGAAGAGAAAAGAUUAUUUUAGCAACUGAUGAAGAUAAGCCACACAGAGUACAAAAGGCUCAAAGUGAAAGUGAUAUAAAAUUUGUAGCCAAUAUGAUUAAUAAUGAUAAAGAUGAUGAUGAAAAUGACAUAAAAUUGGUAGCAAAUAUCAGUGAUGAUGAUCACGAUGACGACGAUGAAAAAGAGCAAGAGGAACAAACCAUCAGAAGAGAAAAGAUUAUUUUAGCAACUGAUGAAGAUAAGCCACACAGAGUACAAAAGGCUCAAAGUGAAAAUGAUGAAAACUCGGUACAAAAUGCUCAAGAUGAAAGUGACAUAAAAUUGGUAGCCAAUAUGAUUAAUGAUGAUGGAAGUGACAUAGAAUUGGUGGCCAGUAUGAUUAAUUAUGAUCACGAUGAUGAUGAUCACGAUGAUAAUGAUCACGAUGACGACGAUGAAAAAAACAAGAAGAACAAACCAGUUUUUAAACGUUUUUACGUCAAAAGUAUUCAAGUGAAACCUAACGUUACAAGCUGCAUUUGA